AUGGCGCAGACGCCCGCCGCAGCCCCGACGGCGGCGCAACUCGAUGCCGUCAAGUCCUCCGUCCGCAAACUCCUACACCAGCCCGACUACGACGACGGCUCCGCCGGCCCCGUCCUGGUGCGUCUAGCCUGGCACGCAGCAGGAACUUACUGCGCCGAGACGAACACGGGCGGCUCCAACGGCGCAGGCAUGCGCUACGAGGCCGAGGGCGGCGACCCGGCCAACGCGGGCCUCCAGCACGCGCGCGCUUUCCUCGAGCCCGUCAAGGCCGCUCAUCCCUGGAUCACCUACGCGGAUUUAUGGACGCUCGCAGCCGUCACAGCGAUCGAGGAGAUGGGCGGGCCGGCGAUACACUGGGCGGGCGACCGUACAGACUUCACCGAUGAAAGCAAGGUGCCGCCGCGGGGCCGCCUGCCGGACGGCGCGCAGGGCGCAGAACACCUGCGCUUCAUCUUCUACCGCAUGGGGUUCUCAGACCAAGAGAUCGUAGCGCUGUCGGGCGCGCACAAUCUGGGGCGCUGCCACGGCGACCGCUCGGGCUUCGAGGGCAAGUGGGUGAACAACCCGACGCGGUUCUCAAAUCAGUACUUCAAGCUGCUGCUAGCGAAUGAUUGGAAGAAGAAGACGCUGGAAAGCGGUGUGGAGCAGUUCGUGUUCGUGGAUGAGGACCUGGCUGCGGAAGGAGAGGAGGAGGGCGGGGAGAAGGCUGCGGAGCUCAUGAUGCUGCCGACGGACAUGUCGCUGCUGUCCGACAAGGCGUUCCGGCCGUGGGUCGAGCGGUAUGCCCAGGACAAGGACCUUUUCUUCGAGCACUUUGCCAAGGUCUUUGCCAAGCUUCUUGAGCUCGGUAUCAAGAGGGAUGCCAAUGGCAACGUGGUAAACGAGGAGAACGUCGAGGAGGGGUACAAGAGCGCGCCGAAGAAGAGCGAUUCGGCGCAGGCGCCGGGCGAUCAGAACAAGGGCCAAAUUGGUCACGAGGCCGACCCGCUGAAGAAAGAUAACGAGAAGUUCCAGCGGAGGAAGAGCGGCGCGAAGCUGUAG